AUGGAUCCCAACGCCACUGAUAAGAAUGAUGUUAGGUACUGUCACUACCAUCGUAGAAUACAUCACCCCACAAUUGACUGCUACAACCUCCGAAGAAUGUUCCAGAGGAAGCUGGAGAUAGGCGAAAUCGAGAUGGGUAAUCCUGAAGGAGGUAAGGCGAUUCAACAUCAAGUCAUGAUGCUCUCUAAUGACCCGAAUGGAGACGUUUGGAGACCUUGGGAUGACGAUGAAGAAGAAGCAUGUGAGGUCGAAAUGGAGAACCUUGCAUUCACAAACACAGAUGGCGUGGGCAGUAAGUUCUCCGAAACAGUAUUAACCAAACAAUUUUUUGAUUCCCUCGGCUUCAGCGAAGAUCAAAUCAAAGAAGCAUUGAAGGCUAUAGCGGCUAUCGCAGUAGGAAAACCCUACGGCCCCCUCCCCAAGGAGGAGAUCAUGUUCACAGAUGAAGACAUUUUCUAUCCAGGAGAGCACCUUAGGCCUUUUUACUUAACGGUGCAUAUCAACAAGCAUCCAAUAAAGAGAUCCUUCGUAGAUGGAGGCGCAUCUUUGAAUCUAGUUUCCAUGAACACAUUAUACAUCCUGGUAGCGCAGCGGUCCACAAUCAGGAUGCGAACUACGAUGGUGAAGGGGUUCGAAGGUCACUCCCAUACGGCCAUUGGAAUCGUUAACCUAGUCAUGAAAGUCGGCCCUAUCCAAGCACUCACACUAUUUUAUGUAAUAGAAGAUGACACUACGUUCCAUGUACUACUAGGUCGAGGAUGGCUACUCCACCAUAAGGUGGUAGCAUCGACAUAUCACCAGUGUGUUAAGACCAACAUGGAAGGUAGGAAAUAUCAAAUCCCUGCCACGAGCAACCCUGUCGAUCCAUAG